UCGCAAUAUAACACACAUCGAGAGAGAGAGAGACUGUAGAUUUUUAAUUAAUCGAGGAGCCAUCGUCUCCUUCAUCUUUCUACAUCCCCGGUGCCCUCCUGCAUCCACAUGACUCGAGUCUUCGUCUACGGCACCCUGAAGAAGGGGCAGCCCAACUACUACCGCAUGUUUGAGAGCGUCAACGGCAAGGCAGAGUUCCUCGCCUCGGCCCGCACCACCCAGAAAUACCCAUUAGUCAUCGCCGGCAAGUACAACAUCCCUUUCCUCCUCAACAUCCCCGGCAAAGGUCACCGAGUCCGAGGGGAGAUCUACAGAGUGGACGACAAGAUGCUGAAGUUCCUGGAUGAGUUUGAAACGGUUCCCAGCAUGUAUCAGCGGACUGAGGUCGAAGUGCAGGUGGAAGAGUGCGUCGGGGAGACGGACGGGGAGGAGAAGCUGAGAGCAGGAAGCAUCAUAGAGGCGUUUGUGUACAGCACGACGACGUACCAGCCAGACUGGCCCUCACUGCCCACCUAUGAGAGCUACGACGCGUACGGAGAUCACGGGCUGGAGUACGUAACCAGAGAGGGACGGGACUGACGCAGCUCAUAAUAAGAAGAACAGAUCCAAGUAGAGAGCAAAUAAGUUUUCCUUUCUUCUGCCUCUGUACAAAUCAACCUCUUUAUAACGUCAGCGAAGCAGGCGGAGAGCAUCUAUCAUUAACAUUUCAAGACAAUCACACUUUAAAACACUCCUGUGUCUUAAUUUUGACCUGACAACGUUUGUUUGUGGUCCAGUUCCUACAAUAAGUACUGUAUCUUUAAAAAUAAGUAUGUUUUCCUCUUUUUGUAGGUUUUUAAGAUGUGUCAUCCUUUUUAAAAUAAAACAAGUACCUGCAAUGGUGUCAAAGUCUUUAGGUCUUUGAAACGUGGAUCAACGUAACUUUUCU